AUGAGUGAUCCUGUGAAACCAUCCUUAAAUCAUGUUAGCUAUGGAGGUCGAUUUGAUAUUGCAGAAGAAGAUAGCACUUCUAAGCAAUGGAGAAAACAAAGUGAUAAUAAUGAAAAGAAACAUGAAGACAUUCCAACAAAUUUUCGGAUAUGGGAGACAGUUGGAAAGAAUAAUAAUUUAGAUAAAGAUUGUUUUAAAUUUAAAGUGAUGUCUUACAAUGUCCUGGCUCAAUAUCUGUUAGAGUGCCACCCCUACCUCUACACAGAAUGUUCUCCAAGUAAUCUGAAGUGGAAUGUAAGGGCUGCAAAACUAUAUGAUGAAAUAUUGGGGCUGUCACCAGAUAUUUUAUGUCUUCAAGAAGUUCAAGUGUCUCACCUCAGCAGUUUCUAUAAUAAAUUCGAGCAGAUGGGUUAUUUUGGUAUAUUCAAACAAAAAACUGGCAACAGACAAGAUGGUUGCGCUAUUUACUUCAAAAAAUCAUUAUUUGAUAUGCAAGAUCAUAUUAGUGUAGAGUUCUACCAGCCUGAACUACCCAUAUUGAACCGUGACAACAUCGGUCUCAUGGUCAAAAUAGCGCCAAAAGGAUCUCCGAACACUCCAUUAGUAGUCGCUACAACCCAUCUCUUGUACAAUCCUAAGCGAACUGAUGUCAGAUUAGCCCAGCUACAAGUACUUUUGGCAGAAAUCGAUAGAUUCGCUUUUAGUCAUAAUGGUAAAGAACCCAGCCACCUACCAAUAAUAUUGACAGGCGACUUCAACUCGACGCCCGAUAGCGCCGUCAUACAGUUAUUAGACAGAGGUCACGUUAGCGCAAGCCCCUUUAGAGAUAAUUCAGAUUGGAAAAAGAUUGGUGUGACAGACAACUGUCAACAUCUAUCUGUAUAUUUGAAUAGGCAAAAAGGCGUCUCCACCGAUUUCAGUAUGAUUAAGUUAUAUAAUUCGGAUUACAUGGAGGACCCCGCAGAGGGCGACAAGACUUCUGUGAGAGAAUUCAGUGAGCUGUUUAACACCGGCGAUAUCGGACAUUCCCUCAAGCUCGCCUCAGUGUAUCGUAAAGCGAAGAAGUGCGGUCACCUCGAAGCAACAACUUACCAAGAUUAUUGGGUUACCGUUGAUUAUAUUUAUUUUAGUAUCUGCAACUCAUUGAAGCUAGUAGAGCGACUGCGUUUGCCGACGGCGAGUGAGUGUGCAGUACUCGGCAUAUUGCCUAACGACCGCUACGGCUCCGACCACCUCGCCUUAGCUGCUACCUUCCAACUGCAAACUAGACCGACGAUUUCUCUAUUG